AAGCUGAGGAAGGAGCGUCUUUUGGCAGUCCCCAAGAGAUCAUCACAUCAAAAUUUUCUUUCUAAACCCUCAGUCCCUUAAAUCCUAACUCAAGAGAAGACAAGUGACAAGCAAUCAAAGCAAAGAUCUCCCUGAAUUAGCUAUCCUCUGAAAGCUUUUUCUUUGAUCUCUACGUCAUGGCUUAUUCAAUUGAAUCCCAGGUUUCUGUAGCCGUUCCUACUGCAAACGACAUUUCUCUAAGGAGAUCUGUAAUUAAGAGUAACAUUAUAAGCUUUGGUAACAAGUCAUGGGCUUCCAACUUUUCUUUCGAUCUGAAAUCACGAAAUGCACAGAAGAGAAAUCAGUACGUAGUAUGCAUGUCAGUGCAACAAGCCAGCAAAUCCAAGGUUGGAGUGUCACCGUUAGAGUUGGAAACUGAAAAAGAGCCUCCACUAAAUUUAUUCAAGUCCAAGGAACCUCACAUCGCUACCAUUGUUUCUGUUGAGAGACUUGUCAGUGCAAAAGCUCCUGGUGAGACUUGCCAUAUUGUGAUUGAUCAUGGUGGUAAUGUUCCAUAUUGGGAAGGGCAGAGCUACGGUGUUAUCCCUCCUGGUGAAAAUCCAAAGAAACCAGGUUCUCCCCACAAUGUUCGUUUGUAUUCAAUUGCUUCAACUAGGUAUGGAGAUUCUUUUGAUGGCAAGACAGCCAGUUUGUGUGUCCGUCGUGCUGUCUAUUAUGACGCUGAGACUGGAAAGGAGGAUCCUUCAAAAAGUGGUAUAUGUAGCAAUUUCCUAUGCAACUCCAAGCCUGGAGAUAAAGUUCAGAUCACUGGCCCUUCUGGCAAGAUAAUGCUUUUACCUGAAGAUAACCCAAAUGCCAACCACAUAAUGAUAGCCACUGGAACUGGUGUAGCUCCCUUUAGAGGCUACCUCCGUCGCAUGUUCAUGGAAGAUGUUACAUUCAAGUUCCAUGGCCUUGCAUGGCUUUUUCUUGGGGUUGCCAACAGUGACAGUCUCCUUUACGAUGAUGAGUUUGCCAAAUACCUCAAGGACUACCCUGAUCAGUUCCGAUACAAUCGAGCUCUUAGCAGAGAGCAGAAGAACAAGCUUGGAGGCAAGAUGUAUGUUCAGGAUAAGAUCGAGGAAUACAGUGAUGAAAUUUUCAAGCUCUUGGACGAGGGAGCACAUAUAUAUUUCUGCGGGCUCAGGGGAAUGAUGCCCGGGAUCCAAGAUACGCUGAAGAGAGUAGCGGAGCAGAGGGGAGAGAAUUGGGAUGAGAAGCUUUCACAACUGAAGAAGAACAAACAAUGGCAUGUGGAAGUUUAUUAGUUUUGCGUUGCUGGAUUUUACCCCGAGCUCAUGCCCUGUUUGAUGACAAGUUGGCAUUUUCAAUUAUUUAGUUUGUGGGGUUUACAUGGAAACCUUGAUUUAGCUGUCACCAUACGUUUCUGGGAUUAAAUAGUUUAUCUAGUUUCAGAUUUCGUGCAAUAAACUUGAAAACCUUUCCAUUUAUGAUUUGUUCAAAUUACAUGUUUUAAAUACCAUCCAGCCAGAAUUAUAUUCCU